AUGGCCAAUCCCCAGAAGAUAACGCUCAAGACUCUUAACCGCACUGCAGCCAGGCUUUUCGUUCAGUGGAAAGGGCCGAUGAGUCACGCACAGGCACUGCAAGCAUGUGCAGACAAGUUUGAGUCCUCCGUAUGGUCAUCAGACAUCCGGAAAUCGUUUGCUGUAACCUCUAUUUGUUUCGAGCCUAUGCAAUUCCUUCCGGUGUCCGUUCCUUCUUUGCCGCUGGCGGAAGCUGCGCGGGAGGUAGAGGCAUUGUCCCUCAAGCGGCCGCCUUCGCCAAUGCCCCAAGAGCACAUCGAGCCGAAGCGCCCUCGUAUUCAUUCGGCCAAGCGGCAGAAGGAGCCUGCAGUUAACGGGAUGCAAACCGCUUACACUGGUCAAGACUCUCGUGCGUCUUUCUCUGCGGAUGCAAGUGCGGAUGCCCCUCUCGACGAAGACGCAAAGCACCUCUUUGGCUCGUCACCUAUGCCUGAUCCUGACGCCUCCGACUUGAGUACUCGUUCUCAGACUACGUCCAACGAUGAUGCUACGAUACGCCCAAGAGAAGAAACCAGAUACGUAGAUUUCAGUACGGAAUCCUCCCGGCGAGCCACAACCCAGCGCAAGCAGAAGGAGAACCAGGCCGGUGCCUACAAACCUCAUGCAUCCCAUGGCUUCAACGUCACAAGGCUGCCGCUCGUCAAUGCUGGUGUCUGUGCCAACACUCUGCAACCUGCGCCCCCUGUCUCCUGCUAUCCUAUGGCCGCUCUAGCUGACAACGCUGGUGGGUCUGCGCUAGCCACUGCGACACCAGCCCGGCUUCUUUCAGCUUCAGGUCCGGACCCGUCUGUCGCUGGGACCACGUCGACUGCUCUAGGCGACCUCGAAGCUCCGAAUCGUACUGUGGUCUCUAGCUCUGUGAUGUCUGGUGCAACGGAUGUUGGUCCCUCCCACACGGCCGGACAACCCGGAAGCACCAAUGGGCUACUCGGAUCUGGACGGGGCACUGAACAUACCGGCUGCUGCGAGAAGGCACGCGCGCUAGUGAUCUCCACGCACCAAACCGAGCUCGCGGAAGCUGCUGCUGCAAUGCACCGUAUGGACGAGGCACGCAGGAGGCAGGAGGUAGCCGACGUGAAGCAGAACAUGCGGGCCUUCAAACAAGCGAGGCUGCUUCAAUCGCUUCGCGCUAACGAGAAAUUGUAUAUGCGCCGCGGCCAUGUACUUGAUGACGAAUUCUUGGAGUUGUCCCAGAGUCAGUACUAUCAUCAUGAUGUUGCUUCAUCGGUCGGCGAGCGAGUGCGAUGCUGACUCGAAUCCCUUUGAUCUAGUUCGUUCGCAUGCGAACUAGCCAGGACGCCUUUGUAAGUCGUGGCGUCAUGUCGUAGGACAAUCAACACAUACUAUUUAUUCUGUCAUUUUUCGGACGAUACGUCUGGCGUCAUGUAUGUAAACGGGUAUUAGAAAUGGUGCAGCU